AUGUCGGGCAACGAUAUCAUCUUUCCGGGUAAUCUCAAGCUUCUAUUUGAUCUGAAGCUGACGUGGACCAACACGACACGUACCAUUGUUAGUAACAUUGGUAAAAGCCUGGUAAAGAAUCUACGUCUCACCUUGAACGAGGGCAUCAAUCCUAACGACGGGGCCAUCAGGGCCCUGCAAGUCAAGGCAACUGGUCAUCGGGUUUAUACGACAGAUUUUUUUUUCAAUGGAAGGUAUGCCCUCUUCAUCGAAUUUCGGGCGUCUCCCGAUCAUAUCCUACAUGGUAGUGGAAGACCUCUACAACGUCUAAGUGAUGGGAUUACCCUACAUAUCACUAAAAAAGCAGACGGAAAUUUCAUGGCUUACGUGUAUUUGCUUCAAGACGCCCAGCUUAAUAUCUUGGAGGAGGCAAACACAACAAACAAUAUGGAAGAAAGCAAAAGUUGCUCAAAAUACAAGCACGUGUGGGCCCUGGAUGCAUUUAAGGUGUUGAAAAAUGGUCAACGAACAAAACAGUGCAUAUGCUGCCUUCAUAAAGCCAAACGGCAGCUUACAAAAAACAAGUGCCCUCAUGAUAGGAUAAGAUGCCACUGCAAGGAGUGUGGGGGUGGAAGCAUUUGCCCCCAACAAAGGCUAAGAUCCAAGUGUAAAGAAAGUGGGAGAAGUCAAAUAUGCCCCCAUCAAAGACAGAGAUCCCACUGUAAGGAAUGUCGGGGAAGCCAAAUUUGCCCCUAUCAAAGGGAUAGGUCCUAUUGUAAAGAUUGUGGUGGAAGUCAAAUUUGUCCCCAUCAAAGGCAGAGAUCUCAAUGUAAGGAGUGUGGUGGUAGUAAAAUAUGUACGCAUCAAAGGCAGAGGGCCUUUUGUAAAGACUGUGGCAGUAGUCAAAUUUGUCCCCAUCAAAGGCAGAGGGGACAAAGUAAGGAGUGUGGGAGAAGGCAAAUUUGUCCCCAUCAAAGGGAGAGAUCCAGGUGUAAAGAGUGUGGCGGAAGUCAUAUACGUCCGCAUCAAAGGAAGAAGUAUCGAUGCAAAGACUGUAAGAAGGGUAAACAAUAAAUGGCGACAAUAGCUGUACUGGUAGCAGGUGCGACCAUAAACGCAUUGGCGUUUAGUGGGACUAACUUCUUGUUUUCAAAGCUCUCGGGACACGGGGAAGCCGAGUCACUAUUACAACACCAAAUGAGAUGCAUCAAUUUGAUCUACUGUGCAUGCCUCACAACAGGGUAUAUGGAAACACCUAUAAAUAUAUCCUGACGGGGAUUGAUGUAGCUUCAAGGUAUAAGGUAGCAAGACCCCUAAGAACCAAAAAAGCUAGUGAGGUCGCCGAGAUGGUGAAGGACAUAUACAAGGCAGGACCUUUACAAUACCCUAAAACCUUUCAAA